GGAAAGAGGAAGAAUAAAACAGUCAGUUUAGUUUUAUUUUCUUAUAUUUUAAUUUACAGGUUAUGACUCAUCUUAUAUCAAACGUCACUUAAAGAACAUCAGUGCUCAGGAUAAAAGUUUAUACUUAAAAUAAACAAAACUUGAGGAAAAAACAAUCUCAACCUCCUACGAAUGGGGAGAAAGAUCAUUUCUAUGAGCGUCUUUAGUUACGAUGCUUUUAGGAAACAUUUCUUCAGCUUAAGAACGAUUCUUAAAUGGAUUUCUCCAUCAUGUUAUCAGCCUCAAGAUGCUUCUGGGAAACACAGCUGCUAGAUAUUUAUAACUUUCCUCACCAGCCAGUUUCUAACUAACUUCUGCAGAAACACAAACCAGGAAGUAAUAACAAUAGAGAAUAAUUACUCUCAAAAGAGUCAAGAUAGUUUCCCGACCGUUUGAAAAGGUUGCUAAUCAGUAUUUUAAAGAGACAGUUGGGCUGGUAUAAUAGAUAACAAUCACAAGACAAACAUGAACCAACAGGUUUCAGUUCCUGGUAACAGUUAGUUCACCAUCAUCACGCUUGUUUUCUUUUCUUGCUGUUUGCACAAGGAUUCACUUCAGCUGUGAGACGUUCGGGUGUCACCGUGUUUACGGGACAGGUGAUACGUUCAGGUCUGAGUGCAGAAGGACACGGUGUUGCAGCAGAAAUGAUGUCUGCAGGUGAAUCAGCAGGAAGCAAACUGCAGUCGGUGGACUUUGAAAUCUUCGGUCAUGUUCAGGGAGUCUGUUUCAGAAUGUACACAGAGAAGGAGGGUCUGCGACUCGGUCUGGUCGGCUGGGUGAAGAACACCUACAGUGGGACGGUGGUGGGACAGGUCCAGGGUCCUGCUGACAUGGUGGAGGAGAUGAAAGUGUGGCUGAGUAAAGAAGGAAGUCCGAGCAGCCGGAUCACCAGAGCCUCCUUCACCAACCAGAGAACCAUCGACAAGCUGGAGCUCUCCGGCUUCAAGACUCGCUUCUGACCAACUAAUCAAACGUACCCUGACGAGAUUCCCUUUCUGUGUGAGGGCAGCAACACUCACAGCUGCUUCUAGUGUUCAGAACUGUUAAAUAGCUACCUGUAAUGAUUUACGAAUGAAGACUGUUGAAUGAUAUACUGGAGUUUCUUUGUUUGUAGAAAGACUCGGGUUUGAGUCCAGUCACUUUGUGUAAGAUAAGAGUGGAGUUUCCCUGUUGUUCUGUCAGAUUUUUAAAAAGGAAAAAGCUCGAUGUUAUGUGUCAGUACAUGUUUGUGCACAGAAAUAAUACACUAAUAAAAAUGGUGCAGUCUGUGUGUCA